GCGACGGCGGCCGGGAAGGGACAAUCCCGGUGGGGCGCUUCGCCCUUGUCCCCGGGCAUGGCUGGGACUUGCUGGCAGGGCGGCCGCUUCCUUCUGGCGCGGGCGGCGGCGGGCGGCGGGGCGAGGAGCCGGGCCUUUUGCCGGCCACCGGGGCCCGAGCCGCCCGGCCCGGAUUCCAAGCCUGGGAAAAGCAGCGGAGCCCCCAAGAUCUACACCAGGACGGGAGACAAAGGGUUCUCCAGCACCUUCACCGGGGAGAGGAGAGCCAAAGAUGACCUGAUCUUCGAGGCUUUGGGGACCCUGGACGAACUGAGCUCGGCUAUAGGCUUAAGUGCUGAAUUUGGCAGCGAAAGAGGCCACGCGUUUGUGGAAGAACUCCACAAGGUCCAGUGCAUGCUGCAAGAUGCCGGCUCUAAUGUGGCAACACCCAUCUCUUCAGCCAGGGAGUCUCACAUAAAGCGAACAUCCUUCAGUGAGAAGCCUGUGCUGGAGUUGGAAAGCUGGAUAGAUAAAUACUCAGAUCAGCUCCCACCGCUCACCUCCUUCAUUUUGCCAUCUGGUGGGAAAAGCAGCGCCGCGCUCCAUCUCUCCCGAGCCGUGUGUCGCAGAGCCGAGAGGCGUGUUGUUCCGUUGGUGAAAGCGGGAGAAGCAGAUGCGAAUGUCGCCAAGUAUUUAAACAGGCUGAGCGACUAUCUGUUUGUCUUGGCCCGGUUGGCUGCAAAGCAGGAAGGGAAGAAGGAGCAAAUCUACAGGAGGACGGAGCCCCAAAACUAAACUCACAAAGGCAUGAUGUACAACUUUUGAGCUAAUAGAAGGCAAAACAAAGUGUAAAAUCCUGGCAAUUUGAAACGCUCAGAGCCCGACCUGAGAAGCCAAUAGACGCCCACGGAAAUUCAGAUUCCUGGCCACUUUGCUGAGAGUCCAGCUUGCGAAUGGGAACUCAGAGCAACUGUGAUGCCUGAAAGAUGCCAUUGUUGCGUCUUGGAACAAGGAAGGGAAUGGAGGUUCAGUUCAGUGGCGUUGGCUCCAGUUAAGCAUGAUGCCGUCUGAAGGUCUCCUUUGAUCAAGACAAAAAUGGAUCUGGAUUUCUCCCCUCGGCCACCUUCUUCCAUCGAUACGUUUCGUCAACAAUCUUGGAAAAAUGCAGCUUUUGAAAGACAGGCACUUUUGGCAAACGUUCCAGAAUGCCACAAAGCUCUUUCCCUGGCUUCUAUUUUCUCCCAGUCAUGCAUUUUUUAAAAAGAAAAGCAACCGCAGCAUUCAACCAAUUUUUCAACUUUAUUUCCUGAAUUUCCAGUGUGGAGAAUGUGCCAUUAACUAAAAAAAUAAUAAUACCGGGGGAUCAAAGAGCAAAAUAAUUUAUUGAUUUCCUCUCUCCUGGGAAAAGACCUAUGUGGGGAGGGCGUGGGGAACCUUCCAGGGCUCCUGCAGAAGGGCCUCCAGGGGACAGGGACACCUAGGCCUGAGCAAGAGCGCAAUGGAGGGGCCUGUGCAUUGCAAAGCCCCUCUUUGCGCACGGAAGGUUGUGGGAAGCCAUGUGCAGCUGCUGGCACGCUUGUUAGGACUUCCAGUGGGGGGAGGCUGCACCCCCUCCUCCGAGGGGGAAAUUUGAAAGAGUUCUCUGGGAGGGCUGCAGUGGUAGCCACAGGUCAAUUCCCCAUAAUCCCCAGCGGAAAGUCAGGAAGGGAAUUGGCUGAACCAGCAUCCAGGACAGCUCCAUGCUUAUGAACCUGUCUGGGCCCAGCCCUUAAUUUAAAAGAGGGGUGUGUGUGUGUUUCAAGGCAGUAGCUACGUUCUGAAAUUAAAAAGAACUGGACUUAAAAUAAAAGCAACAUUCCCAAAAUA